AUGACGUCCAUGGAUAAAGUCUUCGCCGCCUACGAGGCCCGCAAGACCGUGCUGGAACAGUCCACCAACCCGCUCGCCCAGGGCGUGGCCUGGGUCGAAGGCCAGCUGUGCCCGAUCAACGAGGCUCGCAUCCCGUUGCUCGACCAGGGCUUCCUGCACAGCGACCUGACGUACGACGUGCCGUCGGUGUGGGACGGGCGGUUCUUCCGGCUCGACGACCACCUGUCGCGGCUGGAGGCCAGCUGCGCCAAGAUGCGCCUGAAGCUGCCGCUGCCGCGCGACGAGGUCAAGCGCAUCCUGUGCGACAUGGUGGCGCGGUCGGGCAUCCGCGACGCCUUUGUCGAGCUGAUCGUCACGCGCGGCCUGAAGGGCGUGCGCGGCGCCCGGCGGCUCGAGGACUUGACCAACAACCUGUACCUCUUCAUCACGCCGUACAUCUGGGUCAUGGAGCCCGAGAUGCAGCGCCGAGGCACGGGCAAGGCCAUCAUCGCCCGCACCGUGCGCCGCACGCCCCCCGGCUGCAUGGACCCGACGGUCAAGAACCUGCAGUGGGGGGACCUCACGCGGGGCAUGCUCGAGGCCAACGACCGCGGCGCCGACUACCCGUUCCUGACGGACGGCGACGGCAACAUCACCGAGGGCUCGGGCUUCAACAUCGUGUUGAUCAAGGACGGGGUGCUGCACACGCCGGCGCGCGGCGUGCUCGAGGGCGUGACGCGCAAGAGCGUCUUCGACGUCGCCAAACAGCUGGGCAUCGAGGUGCAUCUGGGUUUCGUCCCCGUCGAGCUCGCCUACCACUGCGACGAGAUGUUCAUGUGCACCACCGCCGGCGGCAUCAUGCCCAUUACGUCCCUGGAUGGCGUGCCCGUCGGUGGCGCCGACGCCAAGGUCGGCCCGCUCACCGCCAAGAUCUGGGACCUGUAUUGGGCCAUGCACUACGACCCGGCCUACAGCUUUGCCAUCGACUAUGACGGGGUGAGGCAGAACGGGGUCAACGGGGUUAAUGGGUCCAAUGGCGUGGCUCAUUAA